UAGAAGGGGAUUUAAAGUUUUUUGGGCUGCUGAAUUCAAGCAGGGAAUUUGGAUUGAUAUGGCUUUUGAUUGAACAGUGCUCUGUAGCAGGCUGGCAUGUCUGAGCAGCACGGCAGUGUUUGCCAGGCAAGUGUGUACCUCCUCUUUGAAGCAAACCUGAAAGAGCAAAAGUGGGGCUAAGCUCUGUGCUGUAGCCUUGCCUUCAGCUAGCAGAGAGGCUGCAGGCUUGCUUGCCUAUGUGCUCCUGGCCACCCUCCAACCUCCAGGGCAGCUCAGUGACACCAGAGGAGCUAUUACCAGCGCUUGCAUCAGCUGCUCUGCUGGUGGUUGAAGGGAAAGGGUAAGAGAGCAAGCAGGGAAGAGGGUGGCAGAGCGAAGCCAGGCAGUGGAGGAGAACGUGCACCGUUGCCACAUUAGAGGAAGAGGUUUGCAUCUGCAUAUGAUGUCCCACCAGGCUGCAUCUCUGGUUGACGUUUUGGCAAGGUCUGGGAGAAAGGCUGAAGGCAGGCUCCCUAGGGUGCUGCAGUGUCACCGGGGUCUGCGGAAGAGCCAUGACCACAUAGCACUCCCCAGGCUCUCGGCAAGCUCAGAAUGGCGGCUCAGAGGAUCCGGGCAGCCAACUCCAGCGGCCUGCUGCGCUGCAAGUCGGAGGGGACGCUCAUCGACCUCAGCGAGGGCUUCUCAGAAAGCAGCCUGUGCGACGUCAAAGUGCCUUCUCCUAGUGCCUUGCUGGUUGACAAUCCCACAUCCUUUGGAAAUGCAAAGGAAGUAAUAGCAAUCAAAGAUUACUGUCCAACUAAUUUCACCACUUUGAAGUUCUCUAAGGGGGACCAUCUUUAUGUCUUAGACACAUCAGGAGGUGAGUGGUGGUAUGCUCACAAUACCACAGAAAUGGGUUACAUCCCUUCCUCCUACGUCCAGCCUGUAAAUUACCGCAACUCUUCCUUGACGGACAGUGGGAUGAUAGACAAUCUACUGGAGAGCCCUGACGAGGGGGUCAGGGAGCUAGACCUGCUUGGAGAAUGGACUGAUGUGAAAAGAAACUCUGUGAAAGCCCACAAUAAUAACCCUUUCUUGAAUGGAGUCCAGACAAACCCAUUUCUGAAUGGGAAUUUGCAGACGUUGACCAGCUCAGACAGAGAGCCCAACUCCAAAGCGUCUUUUGACUUGCUGCACUUUGAUAAAGGAGCUCCUACUUCAACAGUUUCUAGCUCAGCUGCUAAUAGCAGCACAGGUAACAUUUUUGAUGAAUUUCCAUCCAUAAACAGGCUGGACCUGGAAGAGCCUGUGAAAAGGGACAACCCUUUCUUCAGGAGUAAACGCUCUUAUAGCUUAUCUGAGCUGUCUGUUCUGCAAGCAAAGUCGGACACUCCAGCACAGUCGGGUUUUUUCAGCGGUUUAAAAUCUCCCAGUCCUGAGCAAUUCCAGAGCCGGGAAGAUUUUAGGACUGCGUGGUUGAACCACAGGAAGCUGGCCAGGUCUUGCCAUGACUUGGAUUUGCUUGGUCAAAAUCCUGGCUGGGGUCAGACACAACCAGUGGAGACCAACAUUGUCUGCAAACUGGAUAGCUCUGGUGGAGCUGUUCAGCUUCCAGACACCAACAUCAGCAUCCAUGUGCCAGAGGGUCAUGUGUGCCCUGGGGAAACGCAGCAGAUUUCCAUGAAAGCUAUGCUUGAUCCGCCACUGGAGCUCAACAGUGACAAGUGCAGCACCAUCAGCCCAGUCCUGCAGAUCAAACUCAGCAACAUGGAGGUGAAAACAUUCAUCAUUCUGGAGAUGAAGGUAUCUGCAGAGGUCAAGAAUGACAUAAUGAGCAAGAGUUUGGUAGGACUACAGUGCCUACGGAGCGACAUGAAAGAGGGGCCAUACAUGCCAAUGCAGCUGAGCUAUUCAUAUGGGGACACGAUACAGGUGCAUCUGGAGAACCUGGAGCCUUGCAUGUACAUCGCUGCUGUAGCUCAAGGGCAGAACAUCCUAUACCCUUACACUGUUUGGGAUUACAUCAGCAAGAAGAUCACGGUUGGUGUCUACGGCCCAAAACAUAUUCACCCUUCCUUUAAAACAGUUGUGGCUGUGUUUGGGCAUGAAUGUGCACCCAAGACUCUGCUAGUGAACGAGGUCACGAGACAGUCUCACAACCCAGCUCCGGUUGCCCUACAGCUCUGGGGUAAGCACCAGUUUGCUCUGUCCCAACCUCAGGACCUCAAGCUCUGCAUGUUCUCCAACAUGACAAAUUAUGAGGUGAAAGCUAGUGAGCAAGCCAAAAUUGUGCGAGGCUUCCAGAUGAAGCUGGGCAAGGUCAGUCGCCUUAUCUUCCCCAUUGCAUCCCAUGAUCCCAAUGAGCUCUCAGAUUUCACGCUAAGGAUACAGGUCAAGGAUGACAGGGAUGCCAUUUUAACCCAGUUCUGCGUCCAGACGCCACAGCCACCUCCUAAAAGUGCCAUCAAACCAACAGGGCAGAGGCGGUUCCUCAAGAAGAACGAGGUUGGAAAGAUCAUCCUUUCACCUCUGGCUGCCACUGCCAAGUAUCCGGUUUUUCAGGACCGUCCGGUGUUGAGCUUGAAGUAUGGCAAACUGCUGAAAACAGUGGUGCGGCAAAGCAAGAAUCACUAUUUGCUGGAGUACAAGAAAGGAGAUGUCAUAGCUCUCCUCAGUGAGGAGAAGAUCAGGUUGAAGGGACAACUGUGGACAAAGGAGUGGUAUAUUGGCUACUACCAGGGCAAAAUAGGCCUUGUGCACACCAAAAAUGUGCUGGUGGUUGGAAAGGUCAAACCCAGCUACUUCUCGGGGCCUGAUCUCACCACCAGCCUGUUGCUCGAGCAAAUCCUCAGACCCUGCAAAUUCCUAACCUACAUCUAUGCCUCCGUGAGGACUCUUCUCAUGGAGAACCUCAGCAGCUGGAGGUCCUUUGCCGAUGCUCUGGGUUAUUUGAACUUACCGCUUACAUUUUUCUGCCGAUCAGAGUUGGACAGUGAGCCAGAGCGAGUGGCCUCUGUGUUGGAGAAGCUGAAGGAAGACUGCAACAACACAGAGAACAAGGACAGGAAAUCUUUUCAAAAGGAGCUGAUGAUGGCCUUGCUGAAGAUGGACUGCCAGGGGCUGGUCGUCAGGCUCAUCCAGGACUUUGUGCUGCUCACCACGGCCGUGGAGGUGGCCCAGCGCUGGAGGGAGCUUGCUGAGAAGCUCGCCAAGGUCUCCAAGCAGCAGAUGGAUGCCUAUGAGGCCCCACACCGGGACAAGAAUGGGGUGGUGGACAGUGAGGCCAUGUGGAAGCCCGCGUAUGACUUCCUCCUCACCUGGAGCAGCCAAAUGGGUGACAGCUACCGUGACGUGAUUCAGGAGCUGCACACAGGGCUGGACAAGAUGAAGAACCCCAUCACCAAGCGCUGGAAGCAUCUCACCGGCACCCUGAUCCUCGUCAACUCCCUGGACAUGCUCCGGGCAGCUGCCUUCAGCCCACAAGACCACGAGGAUUUUGCCAUCUAGUGUGGCUCCCUGCAGUGAUGUUUUCCUCCACGUCUUCUUUGUUGUUGGUGUCCAUAUUUUUCUGUGUUCCCCCCCUCCCUUUUUUUUUCACAGUUGAUUAUAAAAAACAAAGUGGAGAUUGCUCUCCCCAGGUUUAAAGAGGCCAAAGUUUGCAAGUUCUCAGCAGGACUGGAAAUCAGCAGGAGAUGACCCUCCUCUUGAUGGGAAGGCAUCCAGAAGGGAUGGCUUUUCAUAUGGAAUUGAUACCAGUUCAACUGUUUCUUACUCAAACACUUAACAGGAGCAAGGGGUGGGGAGAGAUCACAAAAGAGAACACUAUUUUUAGGCAUUUACAAAUAAAAUCAUAAUUUUUGUAAUGAGCAGUAAAGGUUGUAACCACUUUGGGGGGAAGCUGUUGCUGUUUUGUAUCUUGUAGAAACUGCUUUUAAAUUAUCAUUUUUCAGAUGAACACGAGCAAUGUAAAUACGUAUUUAAGAUGAAGCACAGUAAUUUCCCAAUGCCAUGGACAGGUUUUGGCAAACUCCCACAUGUGACUGUAGAGCACCAUGUGAAUUUGGGGUUUCUUCAGCCCAGCAAGCAACUUAAAUCAGAAAGGAGUUUUUUUUUCUCCAUAUCACCUGUUUGGUUGAUUAUUUUUCUUUUUUUAAAUCUAUCUGCAAACACACAUUUUCUCAUCUGUGAAUAGGGAGGUGCUCGUCUGUUUGCAGAUGCACGGAUACCAUUUUUAACCACGGGAAGUGACGCUGCCCUGGCACUUGGAGCUGGGUGCUGCUGGCCAUGUCUGGAAGAAGGUGGAAGUUGGGAGCUCAGCAGGGACCUGCUCCUUGCUGCCCAUGGUGAUGAGAGUGGGUGACUCUACCAUUGCAGCAAAGUGCUUCGGCAUUCCUCUGCAGCUCAUGCUCUGGGGAGGGGGCCAGAAAAGGGAAUCAUUGCUAUCUGUAUUUUAUCGCUUUUCUUAAAAAAAAGAAAGAAAAAAAGGAAGAGGGGAAAUGUUUCUCCUAAUUUGAAAUCCAUUCCGGAGCUCCACAGAGAUGUUUCAGACGUGUCUGGUGCCCUAAUGUUCAUUGCCAUUGAUUUUUGUGGGCUGUUCAAGGCUCCCAAACCCCAGCUGAAUAUCUUUUGUGAUGACACUGGUGCCGUUGAGCUAAAUAUUUGUGGUACCAAGUGCCCAUUCUUUCCUCUUGUGUUUUAUAGCUGUCUCUUUUGGAUUACCUCCCCUUCUGCUCCUCAGCUUUGAAAUAUUUUACAUGAGAGGGAAAUAUUUUUGCACAGAAACAUUAUUUUAGGUGCAAAAUCUCUUUAUAGCAAAACACUGCUACUGCAGGAAGAUGAAUUGUUAAGGGUGAUUUUCUUUCAGGUUGAACCAGAAAAACAAAAUGAGUGGAGAAGGCAUCUUUGACAAACUCUGUAGAAGCACACAAGAGCAGCUGCUGUGGCCAACAGGCUGGACUCUCGGCAGCCAGGGGCAUGAUGGUGACACUAGGCUUGAUUUCUUUUCCUAGGAGGCUGCAGGUGACAUCAUCUCCCUGGAAGAGCCAGGUGUGGGGCACUGCACAUGGGUUUGCAGGUCCAGGUGGCAUGCAGGCAUCUGAUGGCUGAUGGUGCUGGCAGCCUUGGGCGGGAAUGUCCUCCCGCAGCUUCACUGCUCUUACAUCCUCUUCCCAAAACAACAUCCCCAGAAGCAGUUCCCCCUCCCAGGACCCGACCAGAAGUAAUCAGCACCUUAAUUUCUCCUCAGGGGCUUUAAGGAGUUUCCUAUGCAACACAGCGUAGCACAGAAAUAGGGUCUGCCAGCACCUGAGCCUGUGAUGCGUUUGCUUUCUCUUUACAACAGCAGGGCACCAUAAGAGCAUGUUUUCCUCACACCAAGCAAAAAAAAAAAUCUCCAGUGCAAUAAGGAAUUGGUCCUGCAAGAGAGAUCCAGCCUGUGCCAGCAGGGCUUUGGCCGGGCUGUUUGGAGCAGACAAGGGCAGCCCCGACCCUUAUGGGCAGAAGUUUUACUCUCUGGUGACUCCAAGAUGGGGACGUCCCUAAAAAAUUUCAGCUUUUUUUUUUUUUUUUUUUUUUUUUUUUCUUUUUUCCCUCCUCUUGGUUUUUCUAACUACCUCAGGUACUCUACACUCAGCUUAACAUUUCAGCAGCAGCCCCAAGCUUGCCAUGCUCAGCUCCCUGACUGCUGUGAGCCAUGGCAACAUGCUCAGCACAUUUUGGGGCUUUUGGGGUGACCAUUAUGUUGCUUUGUCCCUCCCUGGGUCAGAAAUCCCAGCUCUCCUCACGUGCUGGGUCUGAGCUAUGUCCUUCAGAUGCCUUCUGCCCGCUGUACGUCGAGCCCGUCUGGAACUGCGUCUGGGCUUUGCAUUGUUACCACAGUUUGUGCAGUAACUGGUUAUUGUACUUACAUUUAAUGUUCCUUUUUAAAAAAAAAAUUUUUUUGGAGAAAAAUAUUACUAUUAAAGCUGUUACUAUUCCAGUGCUA